AUGUCUUCAACAAACACUCCACAAAUUACUCUCUACACUGCCGCAACUCCAAAUGGUUAUAAAAUUAGUGUUUUUCUUGAAGAAUUAGGGAUACCUUAUAAAGUUAUUCCAAUCAAUAUCACGACUGGUGAACAAAAAGAACCCUGGUUCUUAAAAAUUAAUCCAAAUGGAAGAAACGAUUUCAAAGUUUUUGAAAGUGGUGCUAUCUUGAUUUAUCUUGCAGAACAUUAUGACAAAGAAAAUAAAUUUUUGCCAAAAGAUGACAAUUUAAGAAGCGAAAGUUAUCCAAUGGGCCCAAUGCAAGGACAAGCUAAUCAUUUCUCACGUUUUGCCAAAGAAAAAAUACCUUACGCAAUUCAAAGAUAUCAAGAUGAAACAAAACAUGAUAGGUUACAGGGUAGAGAAUAUUUAGUCGGUGAUCAUCUAUCAAUUGCAGAUAUUGUUCAUUUUCCUUGGAUUAAAACUCACGAGUUUUCGGGAGUUGCUAUUGACGAAUUUACCAAUUUAAAAGCUUGGUUGGAACGAAUUGCUUCUAGACCUGCUGUUGAAAAAGGUUAUAAUGUUGUACCACGAAAAUAA